AUGGGCUCUCUCCAUCUCCGAUCAGGCCUCUGCGUCCUGUGCCCCAACAGUAACAACUCCCUCCUGGCCUUCCCGGGCACGCAUACGGGCCAUGUGCAGCUCGUGGACCUGGCUAGUACGGAGAAGCCACCGGUGGACAUUCCAGCCCACGAGGGCGUCCUGAGCUGCGUUGCUCUCAACCUGCAGGGAACGAGAAUCGCAACUGCAUCUGAGAAAGGGACCCUUAUAAGAAUAUUUGAUACUUCAUCAGGGCAUUUAAUCCAGGAGCUACGGAGAGGAUCUCAAGCAGCCAAUAUUUAUUGCAUUAACUUCAACCCGGACGCGUCCCUCAUCUGCGUGUCCAGUGACCACGGCACAGUGCACAUCUUUGCUGCCGAAGAUCCAAAAAGGAAUAAACAGUCCAGUCUGGCCUCAGCCAGUUUCCUUCCAAAGUACUUCAGUUCCAAGUGGAGUUUUUCCAAGUUUCAGGUUCCCUCAGGCUCUCCGUGCAUCUGUGCCUUUGGAACAGAGCCAAAUGCUGUCAUCGCGAUUUGUGCAGACGGCAGCUACUACAAAUUCCUCUUCAACCCCAAGGGGGAGUGCAUCCGGGACGUCUACGCGCAGUUUCUAGAAAUGACCGAUGACAAGCUGUGACUCCGCUGGGAGUGCAACCAGCACGGCCGGCCGCUCCGGAGCACCGAGUGUGCCCUUCAGACCCUGGGGCUGGUGCCGGGGCCCUUGGGCCUCAUGGGUCAGCGGCCAGAGGACUGCCCCGGGCCCUUGGUCCUGAAGCCAUUCUGUGGUUGUCUCUUUUCCUGAGCAGGGCUUCCCAUUUCCAGUAUUAAAGAACGAAUCAUCAUCAAGGCAGUGUAGACACUCAGUGGCUCUGAGCUGCCCGGGCCCGACUGCUGGCCUGCGACCCGUAGUUGAGCUGUGAUGCUAGCUUCCGUGCUUCCGCCGCGCCCUCCCGCCUCUGCCCCCCGUGCGCUUGGGGGCUCCGUGCACACGUAGGGACUGGGUUGACAAAAGGAUGGACAAAUGGAAAUUUGUUUUGGCAACAGGUUCCAUCAUUUUUACUGAGUCUGUAAUGGGAAAAUGAACAAACGUGUCCCUGUGAGUUCUUACGUUACCACCAGAUUUUAAAAUAGAACAAUAAUACCAGCAGCUUGCCUUAGAAAAGGAGAAAGGAAUUCCUUCUCUCCUCUCAAGAUGAAGCGAGGAGAGCCAGCCACGUUCGCACAGGGUGGGCGUCUCCCCGCAAGCCGGCGUCCUGGUCUUGUCCGUGCCUGUCGUGAGCCUGUGGUGCGCCCGUCCCCGUCUGUCUGUUGGAGCCGUCGGCAUUGAGGCCCAGGCUGGGCGCCUGCAGCGAGCAAACUGCUUUGUGGGCCCCGCGGGCCACCCGAGUUUCCCCGUUGUGUGCAGGGAGCAGAGGAACAACGUAGACCGUCAGGAUCAGUCCCCGAGGAAAGCGUCACUUAAUUUAGAGGAUGUGGAGGGAAAGGCUGGGCAUUGCGGCAGCGCAGGCCUGACGUCUGGGCAGGAGCGGGAGGCCCAGCCGGGCACGGCCCCGCCGUCGGUCCGAGUCGUUUCUGCUGGCGCUCCGAGGAGAGGCACGGUAAAGUUUUCUAACACGUGGUGACUAAACAGGUUAUGGGCUCUAUAUUGUUAGUACCCCCAGAGGUAUGUGUGUCAUUUUCUCAAAUCCCCUCUAAGGAAACCCAGUUGUGCGGUUUUGAUUUCAGGUUCGCAAACAUUGCAAGUCUGCGGCGGCAGCGCCGCGUCCUGCCGGUUCUCUUACUGUCGCGUAAUCCGCUAACUGUGGGUUUCACUGUACAGCAUGCGUGUACUUCUGUGUGUAUUUAAUCAUGAAGUUUAAUUUUGCACUUAUUUGUAAUGUUUCUUUUAAAAUAAAAGUGACUAAUUUUGUUGUA